GACGGCGCGCCAUUGGCUUGUGUGCGGAACUAGAGGAGGGACCAGUGGGGCCGCCAGACUAGGGCGAGCCCGGCGGCGCAGGAGUCCAGCCGGCCCUGCCCUGCCCUGCCCUGCCCUGCCGUGCCCUGCCUACCCCGCGCGGCGGCGCGAUGUGAGGCGUCCCGGGCCGGAGCGUCCGCCCGUACGCCAGCUCCGCGAGCGCGGCGCCCCACGCGCUAGGAACGGCACAGUGAUUCAGGGAGCCCAGGAGAUUUGCUCUGCUUCCAUCGAUGCUCUGUCACCUCCCACAGAUUGUACAACUGAGUCCAGGAAGGCACUCGGCUCAUCUCCAUCUCCAGCGCCCAGUAGUGUCCAGCUCACCGUAGAGGCCAGGCUGAAGAACACCAUGGCAGCCAAGCAGCCCCCUCCUCUCAUGAAGAAGCACAGCCAGACGGACCUCGUGAGCCGCCUGAAGACCCGGAAGAUCCUGGGCGUGGGCGGGGAGGACGAUGAUGGGGAGGUGCACCGCUCUAAGAUCAGCCAGGUCUUAGGCAACGAGCUCAAGUUUGCUAUCCGGGAGCCUUUGGGGCUCAGGGUCUGGCAGUUCCUCUCUGCUGUGCUGUUCUCUGGAAUCGCCAUCAUGGCCCUUGCCUUCCCUGACCAGCUAUAUGAUGCCAUCUUUGACGGAGCAGAGGUCACCAGCAAGACCCCCAUCCGCCUCUAUGGUGGCGCCCUCCUCAGCAUCUCCCUGAUCAUGUGGAAUGCCCUCUACACGGCUGAGAAGGUCAUUAUCCGCUGGACGCUGCUCACGGAAGCCUGCUACUUUGGGGUGCAGUUCUUGGUGGUCACUGCCACGCUAGCCGAGACGGGCCUCGUGUCUCUGGGGACCCUGCUGCUCCUGGCCAGCCGCCUCCUUUUCGUCACUGUCAGCCUUUACUACUAUUACCAAGUCGGCCGGAAACCCAAGAAAGUCUAGCCAGGCCGGGGACCAGCCCGUGCCUGGGCCAGGGUGGCUCUGGGGCCUUGGCUCCCCUUUGGCUCCUGGAAAGCUGGAGACCCUGUCCUGCCCUAGCUGGCCCCAGGCAGGCAGGGGCACUCCUUUCCCUGGGUACUCCAGGACUCUGUGGUUUCCUGGGCAUCCAGGAUCCAGGUGUGACAUGGGGUCUGGGGAGAGACGGGUCACUGCACAACAUUCCUCACCUCACCCAGGCUCAACCCCCCACACCCCUUUCCUGGGCUCCCCUGACAGACACGGACUGGAGAGUGGUGUCCUGUGGGGUCUGGCUUCCUCUACCAGGAAGCCCUUCUCUCCUGAGAGGUCAAGCACCCCACCCCCAGCCAGCUUAGAGCCCAGGCAGCUGGUCUUGGCUUCUGUCUGUAUGGAAGCCGGAGAAUUUCUCCCUGUGCUUCUGCCCUUUUUGUCUGGGUCCUUCAUACAAGCGGGGACUUCUGUACCAGAGCACACAGUGCACACGCACACAUGCACCCCUUCCUACAGCCCGCUGAGGCCUGAUGGUCAGAGGGCAAGCCUCCCUUAGACUUCCUGUAAGAAUGGCUACCUGGAGCCAGACUGGUCCCACCCCAGGCUUGCUCACCUUUGUUCUCCUGGGAAACUCUAGGGUUCUCUGCCUAGAGGCUAACUCCCCCUGGAGUCUCUCCCCUGGUCUGGGGUCAGAGGUCACACCACAGGUCCCCUGAGAGAUGGAUAGGGGCAACCCCACAGGGAGGCUACUUAAGUGGUGAGGCUUGGAGAAGAGGAAAAAAAAGCAGUGGCAUUUCCUUGUCCCUUGGCAUGUCUUCUGAGGCCGAUGUCUUGCCUGGCUCAUCCACCCCUCCCCUCCACACACUCCUGCAACAAUCCCUCCUCCUCUGGACCCCCUGGGCUGCCCCAAUGCUUCCUGGGUAGGGCCUAGUGCCUCUCAAACUCCCCAGGGGAAGUAAACAAGUAGUUCAGCCAGUCUGUUACCUCCCCUCUGCCACCCCCCACAUCCUGCAGAGGCUGAUGGUGGGCUCCUGAGCGGAAGCACCCAGCCUGCCCCACCAGCCUGUGUGGUGUGCCUCCUGUUCCUUUUCCAUCUAGCACUCAUGUGCGCACCUGGGCAUGACUGUCCCGUGUCCUGGGACAGGUGUGCUGAGAAAAGGGGCCUGGAACCCUCACAAAUACAGCAGCUACUUUCUGGCUGAGCAGCGCAGGGAACUGCUCUCCAGGAAGGGCCUGCUGCUCUUUGCUGGCACCUGUCUCUUACCCUGACAUUUGUGCCUCUUCCUGGAGUUCUGCCACCUGCUGCUGAGCCCUAGGCAGGCCGAGCCUGCUACCACCUCCCAAAGACAAUGCCACCUGUGGGUCAUACCUGAGCCCUGUCUGUGUCAGGCCUUGAAGCCUUGGCGGGUCCUCAGAGGGUGACAGAUGGCUUGUUCUCCCAUAGUUGCUGGGCACACUGUGGACUCCCCAGCAGAAAGCUCAAAGUGUGGUCUGGCCCUGGGUAGGACAUUGGUGGGUCAAGCUGGCCCAUCCUCCCCUCCACUGUGGGGUGGGAGGGUGGCCUGGCCUUAUCCUUGGGUGGUGGUGAGGUCACACUGGGACAGGGAUACCCUGCCACGGCUCCUUGGCUAAACUCUUCGGUAAAGCCUGCAGGUGGGGAUGGUGCAAGGUCAGAUCCAGUCUGUGGACUUGUUGCUCAGCAUGGGCAGUGGGGGAGGAAGAUUCAUGUUCGGGAGGAGGCCUGUGACAGGAGAGGGACAGGCACUCAUGUAGGCAGGACCCACCCUGCCUCUGAGCUGGGAAGUCCCGGACAGCCCCUCCCUGCUCCUUGUGCCAAGUGUCCGACCCAGCCCAGCCCAGCCCAGCCCAGAGGUAGGACCACCUUUCUUCACAGUCGGUCACUAUUUAUUCUUCGUUCCUUUUUCUUUUUGUAAGAAACAAUCACAAAA